AUGAAUUCUGUCGUUAAUACCGCCUUUGAUCACCACAUAAAGCCUUUUCUCCUUGCACCUAUUGCAAAGACAAUCCAACUCCUCAAACUUCUCAUAACUAGUCCCGCUGGUUGCGAUUGCGAUUCCGAUCCUGACCUAGAAGCCGCAGUGCAACAAGUUCCAAAUGGGAGGACUAACUAUAAGUACCUCACAAACAACAACUUAGAUUGGGCAAAUAUAAUCGCCGUGUUUUGCUUGACAACGGCGAUUGGACUAGCGCUUCUCCCCUUCCAAAUUCCCUCCCGCCAGGUUCCUCACCCUGCAAUCUUUUACUUUUUUGGACUAUCAGUCUUACUUGCCUUUACUUGUAUUUUGCUCAACUACCUCCUCACUCACUUCCCUCUCGUCGUCAAGAGUGAGAACAAGUGGUCUGGCAGCAAGUACUACCCCGAAUUUCUCGACCGGUUCACCUUAGUCAUUUCCUACUGUCUAGACGUUAUCAAGUGGGAUGUUAUAUUUGAUUCGGAGUCUCCAUUCUCUGCACCGGAUGAUUUCAGACCUGAUGAUGAGAGAUUUCAGCAGUUUCUUGUAUCGCCCGAUGAGGGAGAAGGGGACUCAAAAUUUCACAUGAAGUGUUUGAGUGAUUGGAAUAGUAGAGACCCUACACAGCUAAUGCUUCUCAUUCAAGAACUAAGGGAUCAGUACAUGUCCUACCAGAAGAAGCGCAUUGCAGAAGAUGAUGACAGGUUGAAGUUUGAAAUUAGCACAAUUGUUGCUCGUGAGGGCAUUGAGAUGCAGAUGAGUUCCAGAGUUGACAAGCCAGAAGAGGUCAAAUUUGCAGUUCCUCUAUUAGACAUGAAUAUAAAUAAGAUGGUGCCUGCAUACCCCUGGAGACAUCAACAAAAGAUAUACUUGCAGGUUAUAUAUCCUGUUGAGAAAAAAUAUGUUUCCACUCCUUCAACACCUCGAUUGAAACUAGUGUCUACCUCAGAGUUGAAGACUCUAUUUUCCAUUGAUGAAGUCAAACUUCGUCCGUGGUUGAAUGGGAUGUGCAUGGCUGAAUACCUUCCGCAUCUUGAAGAAUCUCUUGAGAAGCAAGUUUUGGAGGCAGUCUCCUUGGUUGAUGUUAGGAGGCGCUUUAUCGAGGCAUUAGCUCUGCAGUUUGGAAGACCAGUGGAAGCUGAUUCGGUCUUAUGCAGAAAGGCAACAUUCCUUACUGCUUCUGGAGUUUUCACUUUUCUGGUUCAUGUUUCGAUUUCAACUCAGUUUCCAAAGCAAAAGCCGGCUUUGAUGCUUCAAAGUUCACAUCAUUUCAACCUCCAAGGUGUGCCAAUCAAGUCACUUCCUCUAACUGAAUUUCCUUGGAGCCCUAGAUGGGAAGUACCUCAUAUGGUCGAGCGAAUUUGUGAAUAUUUGACGGACGAGGCUGUGAACUUCAAGAAGCACUGCAACGAGCCUCCACCGCAGCACUAGGGUGUCGUAGAUUGUCGCGGUUAAUGUUCGGUAUCCUUGUCACCUUUACCAAUCGAAUUGUGUAAAUUUUUGUAAUGUCUUUGAACUCUUUUGAUUCAUGGGUAUGAGCGUGGAUGAAAAAAAGUCACUUGUGUUAGUAACUGGGAAAUGGAGCGAUGAUUAUUCUAAUCUAGUAAUCUUUGCCAUAAAAAAAAAAAAA